AUGUGGCCGCGCCUGGCCUUUUGUUGCUGGGGUCUGGCGCUCGUUUCGGGCUGGGCGACCUUUCAGCAGAUGUCCCCGUCGCGCAAUUUCAGCUUCCGCUUCUUCCCCGAAGCCGCACCCGGGGCCCCAGGGCGCCUGCCAGCGCCGCCCGCUACCGGCGAGGAGACGGCGGAGAGCAAAGUGGAGCGGCUGGGCCAGGCGUUCCGGCGACGCGUGCGGCGGCUGCGGGAGCUCAGCGAGCGCCUGGAGCUGGUCUUCUUGGUGGACGAGUCGUCCAGCGUGGGCCAAGCCAACUUCCUCAACGAACUCAAGUUCGUGCGUAAGCUGCUAUCCGACUUUCCCGUGGUGUCCACGGCAACGCGCGUGGCCAUCGUGACCUUCUCGUCCAAGAACAACGUGGUGCCGCGCGUCGAUUACAUCUCCUCCAGCCGCGCGCACCAGCACAAGUGCGCGCUGCUCAGCCGCGAGAUCCCGGCCAUCACCUACCGCGGCGGCGGCACCUACACCAAGGGCGCCUUCCAGCAAGCCGCGAAAAUUCUUAGUCAUUCCAGAGAAAACUCCACCAAAGUUAUAUUUCUCAUCACUGAUGGAUAUUCCAAUGGAGGAGAUCCCAGGCCAAUUGCAGCAUCACUGAGAGAUUUUGGUGUGGAGAUCUUCACUUUUGGCAUAUGGCAAGGAAACAUUCGGGAACUCAAUGAUAUGGCUUCCACCCCGAAGGAGGAACACUGCUACCUGCUUCACAGUUUUGAAGAAUUUGAGGCUUUAGCACGCCGGGCAUUGCAUGAAGAUCUACCUACUGGGAGUUUCAUUCAAGAGGACAUGUCCCACUGCUCAUACCUCUGUGAAGCUGGAAAAGACUGCUGUGACCGAAUGGCAAGCUGUAAAUGUGGGACACACACAGGUCAAUUUGAAUGCAUCUGUGAAAAGGGUUAUUAUGGGAAAGGUCUACAGUAUGAGUGUACAGCUUGUCCACCAGGGACAUACAAACCCGAAGGUUCUCCAGGAGGAAUCAGUACGUGCAUUCCGUGUCCUGAUGAAAAUCACACCUCUCCACCUGGAAGCACAGCCCCUGAAGACUGUGUCUGCCGAGAGGGGUACCGGGCAUCUGGCCAGACCUGUGAAGUUGUCCACUGUCCUGCUCUGAGGCCUCCUGAAAAUGGUUAUUUUAUCCAAAACACUUGCAACAACCACUUCAAUGCAGCCUGUGGGGUCCGAUGUCACCCUGGAUUUGACCUCGUGGGAAGCAGCAUCUUCUUGUGUCUGCCCAGUGGUUUGUGGUCCGGUUCAGAAAGCUCUUGCAGAGUGAGAACAUGCCCUCCUCUCCGCCAGCCUAAGCAUGGCCACAUCAGCUGUUCUACGGGGGAAAUGUCCUACAAGACAACGUGCUUAGUUACCUGUGAUGAAGGAUACAGACUAGAAGGAAGCGCUAAGCUUACCUGUCAAGGAAAUGCCCAGUGGGAUGGUGCAGAGCCUCGAUGUGUGGAACGCCAUUGCUCCACCUUUCAGAAGCCCAAAGGUGUCAUCAUAUCACCUCCCAACUGUGGCAAGCAGCCAGCUAAACCUGGGACGAUAUGUCAGCUAAGUUGCCACCAAGGUUUUAUUUUAUCUGGAGUCAGAGAAGUAAGAUGUGCCACUUCUGGGAAAUGGAGUGCCAAAGUUCAGACAGCUGUGUGUAAAGAUGUGGAAGCUCCUCAAAUCAACUGUCCCAAGGACAUAGAGGCUAAGACUCAGAAACAACAAGACUCUGCUAAUAUCACCUGGCAAAUCCCAACAGCUAAAGACAACUCUGGUGAGAAGGUAUCAAUCCAUGUUCACCCAGCUUUUACCCCGCCUUACCUUUUCCCAAUUGGAGAUGUGGUUAUCACAUACACAGCAAGAGACCCAUCUGGCAACCAAGCCAGCUGCACUUUCCACAUCAGGGUUAUUGAUGUAGAGCCACCUGUCAUAGACCAGUGUAGAUCUCCACCUCCAAUCCAGGUCUCAGAGGAAGAGUACGCUGCUAGCUGGGAUGAGCCUCAAUUCUCAGACAACUCAGGGGCUGUCUUGAUCAUCACUAGAAGUCACACACAGGGAGACCUUUUUCCUCACGGGGAGACUAUGGUGCAGUACACAGCCACGGACCCCUCAGGAAAUAACAGAACAUGUGUCAUCCACAUUGUCAUAAAAGGUUCUCCCUGCGAAGUCCCCUUCACUCCUAUAAAUGGGGAUUUUACAUGUAUCCAAGACACUGCCGGCGUCAACUGCACGUUAAGUUGCCUGGAGGGCUAUGACUUCACAGAAGGGUCUACUGAGAAGUACUACUGUGCUUACGAGGAUGGUAUCUGGAGACCACCAUAUUCUACUGAAUGGCCAGACUGUGCUAUAAAACGUUUCGCCAACCAUGGGUUCAAGUCCUUUGAGAUGCUGUACAAAGCAACUCGCUGCGAUGACACGGAUCUGCUGAAGAAGUUCUUAGAGGCAUUUCAGACGACCCUGGGGAAGAUGGUCCCAUCAUUUUGCAGUGAUGCUGAUGACAUUGACUGCAGGCUGGAGGAUCUGACCAAAAAAUAUUGCCUAGAAUAUAAUUAUGACUAUGAAAAUGGCUUUGCAAUUGGACCAGGUGGUUGGGGUGCAGCUAACCGGCUGGAUUACUCUUACGAUGACUUCUUGGAUGCCGUACAAGAAUCACCCACAGGUGUCGGCAAAGCCAGAACUUCCCGGAUUAAAAGAAGUGACCCAUUGUCUAACCAAAAAAUUAAGUUAAUUUUUAACAUCACAGCUAGUGUGCCAUUACCCGAUGAAAGAAACGAUACCCUUGAAUGGGAAAAUCAACAACGACUCAUUAAGACAUUGGAAACUAUCACAAAUCGACUGAAAAGGACCCUCAAUAAAGAGCCCAUGUAUUCCUUCCAGCUUGCAUCUGAAAUGCUUGUAGCUGACAGCAAUUCAUUGGAAACGGAAAAGGCUUUUCUCUACUGCAGACCGGGCUCAGUGCUGAGAGGGCGGAUGUGUGUCAAUUGCCCUUUGGGGACCUAUUAUUCUCUGGAGCAUUCUGCCUGUGAAAGCUGCCGCAUGGGAUACUAUCAAGAUGAAGAAGGGCAACUUGAGUGCAAGCUCUGUCCAACUGGGACCUACACUGAAUACCUCCAUUCCAGAAGCAUCUCUGAAUGUAAAGCUCAAUGUAAACAAGGCACCUACUCAUCCAGCGGGCUUGAGACUUGUGAAUCAUGUCCUCUGGGCACAUACCAGCCAGAAAUUGGUUCCCGGAGCUGCCUCUCAUGUCCAGAACCCACUUCAACCGUGAAAAGAGGAGCAGUGGAUGUUUCUGCUUGUGGAGUACCUUGUCCAGUGGGCGAAUUCUCUCGUUCUGGGUUAAUGCCGUGUUAUCCAUGCCCUCGAGACUAUUAUCAACCUGAUUCAGGGAAAUCUUUUUGCCUGUCUUGCCCUUUUUAUGGAACUACAACUAUCACUGGUGCCAGAUCUAUCACAGAUUGUUCAAGUUUUAGUUCAACUUUCUCAGCUGCAGAGGAAAGCAUAGUGCAUCUGACCUCUCCUGGACACAUCCAAAAAAAGUAUGAAGUCAGCAGUCAGGUUUUCCAUGAAUGCUUUCUAAACCCUUGCCACAACAGUGGAACCUGCCAACAACUUGGGCAUGGUUACGUUUGUCUCUGUCCACCUGGGUAUACAGGUUUAAAGUGUGAAACAGACAUCGAUGAAUGCAGCUCACUGCCUUGCCAAAACAAUGGAAUUUGUAAAGACCAAGUUGGAGAAUUCACUUGCGAGUGUGCAUCAGGUUACACGGGUCAACUAUGUGAAGAAAAUAUAAAUGAGUGUAACUCCAAUCCUUGUUUAAAUAAAGGAACCUGCAUUGAUGAGUUAGCUGGCUAUCACUGCACCUGUGCAAAAGGAUAUGUUGGCCUGCACUGUGAGACAGAAGUCAAUGAAUGCCAGUCAAGCCCAUGCUUAAAUAAUGCAGCCUGUGAAGACCAAGUUGGGAGGUUCUUGUGCGUAUGCCUGCCUGGAUUUUCGGGUACCCACUGUGAAACAAACAUCGAUGAGUGUCUCAGUCAGCCAUGCCAGAAUGGAGCCACUUGUAAGGAUGGAGCCAAUAGCUUCAGGUGCCAGUGUGCCACAGGCUUCACAGGGCCACACUGUGAACUGAACAUCAAUGAAUGUCAGUCUAACCCAUGUAGAAAUCAGGCCACCUGUGUGGACGGAUUAAACUCAUACAGUUGUAAGUGCCAGCCAGGAUUUUCAGGCAAAAGAUGUGAAACAGAACAGUCUACAGGUUUCAAUCUGGAUUUUGAAGUUUCUGGCAUCUAUGGGUACGUCAUGCUCGAUGGCGUGCUUCCUACUCUCCAUGCUGUAACCUGCGCAUUCUGGAUGAAAUCCUCUGACAACAUUAACUAUGGAACACCAAUCUCAUAUGCACUAGAGGAUGACAGUGACAAUACCUUCCUCCUGACCGAUUACAAUGGCUGGGUCCUUUAUGUGAAUGGCAAGGAAAAGAUAACAAACUGUCCCUCAGUGAAUGACGGCAGUUGGCAUCAUAUUACAAUCACUUGGACAAGUGCCGGUGGAGCCUGGAAAGUCUAUAUUGAUGGGAAAUUAUCUGACAGCGGUACUGGCCUCUCUGUUGGCACAGCGAUACCUGGUGGCGGUGCCUUAGUUCUUGGUCAAGAGCAAGACAAAAAAGGCGAGGGAUUCAGCCCAGCCGAAUCUUUUGUGGGCUCCAUAAGCCAGCUCAACCUCUGGGACUAUGUUCUGUCUCCACAGCAGGUGAAAUCCCUGGCUACUUCCUGCCCAGAGGAACUCAGCAGGGGAAACGUGUUGGCCUGGCCUGAUUUCUUGUCGGGAAUUGUGGGAAAGGUGAAGAUCAAUCCCAAGAGCAUCUUCUGUUCUGACUGUCCACCUUUAGAAGGAUCAGUACCUCAUCUACGAACUGCAUCAGUAGAUUUAAAGCCAGGUUCCAAAGUCAGUCUGUUCUGUGACCCAGGCUUCCAGAUGGUCGGGAAUCCUGUGCAGUACUGUCUGAAUCAAGGACAAUGGACACAACCACUCCCUCACUGUGAACGCAUUAGCUGUGGGGUGCCUCCCCCCUUGGAGAAUGGCUUUUAUUCAGCUGAGGAUUUCCAUGCUGGCAGCACAGUAACCUAUCAAUGCAACAAUGGCUACUAUUUGUUGGGUGAUUCAAGGAUGUUCUGUACAGAUAAUGGAAGCUGGAAUGGCAUUUCACCAUCAUGCCUUGAUGUGGAUGAGUGUGCUGUUGGGUCAGAUUGUAGUGACCACGCCUUAUGCUUGAACACCAAUGGAUCCUAUGUGUGCUCCUGUAUCCCGCCAUACACAGGAGAUGGUAAAAACUGUGCAGAACCUAAAAAAUGUAAGGCUCCAGGAAAUCCAGAAAAUGGCCACUCUUCUGGUGAGAUACAUACAGUGGGCGCCGAGGUCACAUUUUCCUGUGAGGAAGGAUAUCAGCUGGUGGGAGUUACAAAAAUCACGUGUUUGGAGUCUGGAGAAUGGAAUCACCUACUGCCACACUGUGAAGCUCUGUCCUGUGGUGCACCAGCUAUUCCAGAAAAUGGUGACAUUGAUGGGUCAUUAUUUACUUACGGCAGUAAAGUGAGAUUCAGGUGUAAUAAAGGAUACACUUUGGCUGGUGAGAAAGAAUUGUCCUGUCUUGCUAGUGGUUCUUGGAGUCAUUCUUCCCCUGUGUGUGAACUGGUGGAGUGUUCCAGUCCCGAAAACAUAGACCAUGGAAAAUUGAAUUUGAGUGGACUUACCUACCUUUCUACUGCAUCGUACUCUUGCGAGAGAGGAUACAGCUUACAGGGCCCUUCCCUCAUUGAAUGCACGGCUUCUGGCAGCUGGGACAGAAGGCCACCUACCUGUCAUCUUAUCUCCUGUGGAGAGCCACCUGCCAUCAAAGAUGCUGUCAUCACUGGGAGUAAUUUCACAUUUGGGAGCACUGUCACUUAUACAUGCAAAGAAGGGUAUACCCUUGCUGGGCCUGAUACUGCUGAGUGUCUGGCCAAUGGGAAAUGGAGUGGAAGUAACCAACAGUGUCUGGCUGUCUCCUGUGACGAGCCCCCCAACGUGGACCAUGCCUCUCCAGAGACUGGCCAUCGGCUCUUUGGAGACAUCGCAAUCUACUACUGCUCAGAUGGUUACAGUCUGGCAGACAAUUCCAAGCUUCUCUGCAAUGCCCAUGGAAAGUGGGUUCCCCCAGAGGGUCAGGCCAUGCCCCACUGCAUAGCUCAUUUCUGUGAAAAACCUUCAUCCGUUUCUUAUGGCAUCUUGGAAUCUUUGAACAAAGAAAAAUUUGCAGCUGGCUCAGUUGUGAGCUUUAAGUGCAUGGAAGGCUUUGUGCUGAACACUUCAGCAAAAAUAGAGUGUAUGAGAGGCGGGCAGUGGACCCCCUCCCCCACAUCCAUCCAGUGCAUCCCGGUGCGGUGUGGAGAGCCGCCAAGCAUCAUGAAUGGCUACGCAAGUGGAUCCAACUACAGUUUUGGGGCCUUGGUAGCUUAUAGCUGCAACAGAGGGUUCUACAUCAAAGGGGAGAAGAAGAGCACCUGUGAAGCCACGGGACAGUGGAGUAGCCCCAUUCCCACUUGCCACCCUGUAUCUUGCAGUGAACCACCUAGGAUUGAGAAUGGCUUUCUGGAGCACACAACGGGCAGGAUCUUCGAGAGUGAAGUGAGGUACCAGUGUAACCCAGGCUACAAGUCCGUGGGGAGUCCUGUGUAUGUCUGCCAAGCCAAUCGCCACUGGCACAGUGAAUCCCCUCUGUCCUGCAUCCCUCUCAACUGUGGAAAACCUCCCCCAAUCCAGAAUGGCUUCAUGAAAGGAGAACACUUUGAAGUAGGGGCCAAGGUUCAAUUUUUCUGUAAUGAGGGUUAUGAGCUUGUUGGUGACAGUUCCUGGACCUGCCAGAAAUCUGGCAAAUGGAGUAAGAAGUCAAACCCCAAGUGUGUGCCCGCCAAGUGUGCCGAUCCGCCCCUCGUGGAAAACCAGCUCGUACUGAAGGAGUCAACUACUGAGGUAGGAGUGGUGACAUUUUCCUGUAAAGAAGGGCAUGUUCUACAAGGUCCCUCUGUCCUGAAGUGCUUGCCAAACCAGCAAUGGAAUGACUCGUUUCCCGUGUGUAAGAUGGUUCUUUGCCGUCCACCUCCUCUCAUUUCCUUUGGUGUCCCUGCUCCUUCUGCUGCCCUUCAUAUUGGAAGUACUGUCAAGUAUUCUUGUGUAGAUGGGUUUUUCCUAAAAGGAGAUGCUACCAUUCUCUGUCAAGCUGAUGGCACCUGGAGCUCUCCACUGCCAGAAUGUGUUCCAGUAGAGUGUCCCCAACCCGAGGAACUCCCCAAUGGCAUCAUUGAUGUGCAAGGCCUUACCUAUCUCAGCACAGCUCUCUAUACCUGCAAGCCAGGCUUUGAGUUGGUAGGAAAUACCACCAAUCUUUGUGGAGAAAAUGGUCACUGGCUUGGAGGAAAACCAACCUGUAGACCCAUUGAGUGCCCAAAGCCCAAGAAGAUCUCACAUGGCAAGUUCUCUUACACAAACCUUCACUACGGACAUAUCGUUACAUACUCUUGUGACCGAGGCUUCCUACUCAAAGGUCCCAAAGACCUGACCUGUUUAGAGACAGGUAAUUGGGAUGGGCAUGCCCCAUCUUGCAAUGCCAUUCACUGUGAUCCCCCACAACCCAUUGAAAAUGGUUUUGUAGAAGGCGCAGAUUACAGCUUUGGUGCCAUGAUCAUCUAUAGCUGCUUCCCUGGGUUUCAGGUGGCUGGUCAUGCUAUGCAGACCUGUAAAGAGUCAGGAUGGUCAAGCUCCAUCCCAAAGUGUGUACCCAUAGACUGUGGUCUCCCUCCUCAUAUAGAUUUUGGAGAAUGUACUAAAGUCAAAGAUAACCAGAGAUAUUCUGAUCAAGAAGAUGACAUGAUGGAAGUUCCAUAUCUGUCUCCUCACCCUCCUCAACGUUUGGCUAAAACCUGGGAAAAUACCAAGGAGUCUCCUGAUGCACAUUCAUCCAACUUUCUAUAUGGCACUGUGGUUUCCUAUACCUGUAACCCAGGAUAUGAGCUUUUGGGGAAUCCCAUAUUGAUCUGCCAGGAAGAUGGAACUUGGAAUGGCAGUGCACCUUCCUGCAAUUCAAUUGAAUGUGACUUACCUAUUGUUCCUGAAAAUGGCUUUUUGCAUUUUAAAGAGGCUACUGUGGGAAGUGCUGUGCAGUAUAGCUGCAAUCCCGGGCAUGUUCUAGUAGGCUCUGACUUGCAAAUUUGUCUACAGAAUAGGAAGUGGAGUGGUGCCCCGCCACACUGUGAGGCCAUUUCAUGCAAAAAGCCACAUCCAAUCAUGAAUGGGUCCAUCAAAGGAAGCAGCUACACAUAUCUGAGCGUUGUGCACUAUGCGUGUAAUCCUGGGUAUGUGUUAAAUGGCACUGAGAAGAGAACAUGUCAGGAAAAUGAAAAAUGGGAUGGGUCUGAGCCAGUUUGCAUUCCUGUGGAUUGUGGCUCACCACCAAUCUCAGCCAAUGGCCAGGUGAAAGGUGAUGAGUAUACAUUUCAAAAGAAGGUUGAGUACACUUGUGAUGAAGGGUUCUUGCUUGAGGGAACCAGGAGUCGUGUUUGUCUUGCCAAUGGAAGUUGGAGUGGAGUCACUCCCAACUGCAUACCUGUCAGGUGUGCCACCCCACCACAGGUGACAAAUGGAAUGAUGGAUGGCCUGGACUUUGGCUUCAAGAAGGAAGUGGUGUUCCACUGUAAGGAGGGCUAUGUGUUGCAUGGUGCUCCAAAACUCACCUGUCAGUCAGAUGGUACCUGGGAUGCAGAGGUUCCUGUCUGCAAACUAGUCCACUGUAGACCUCCGGAAGAUCUUGCCCAUGGCUUCCCUAAUGGUUUUUCCUUUUAUCAUGGACGGCAUAUACAGUACCAGUGUUUUUCAGAUUAUAAGCUUCAUGGAAGUCCUUCAAGACGGUGUCUCUCCAAUGGUUCCUGGAGUGGCAGCCCACCUUCCUGCCUACCUUGCAGGUGUUCCGCACCAGUAAUUCAAAGUGGAACUGUCAAUGGGACUGAUUUUGGCUGUGGAAAGGUAGCCCACAUUCAGUGCUUCAAAGGCUUCAAGCUCCAAGGACUUUCUGAAAUCAUCUGCGAAGCCAAUGGCCAAUGGAGUUCUGACUUCCCACAUUGCAAACAUGUUUCUUGUGGUCCUCCCCCAACCAUCCCAAACUCAUUCAUCAUGGAAAGCAGCUCUUUGGAGGAAAUCGUGGUAACUUACAGCUGCAAAGCUGGCUAUGUCAAACGAGGCAAAUCAGAACUUGUUUGUACAGAGAAAGGGACAUGGAGCCAGCCUUAUCCCGUCUGUGAGCCCCUGUCCUGUGGACCCCCACCAUCUGUCAUCAAUGCAGUGGCAACAGGAGAGGAACACACCUAUGGAAGCAAAGUGAAACUCAGAUGUCUAGAAGGUUAUAUAAUGGAUACAGAUAUAGAUACAUUUACCUGCCAGGAAGAUGGUCAUUGGUUCCCAGAGACAAUCUCCUGCAGUCCUAAACAGUGUCUUCUGCCUUCAAACACAACACACAUACUUGUUCAUGGAGGAGACUUCAGUGUGAAUAAGCAAGUUUCUGUGACCUGUGUAGAAGGGUAUGCCUAUCAGGGAGCUAACGUAUCGACAUGUCAGCCUGACGGUUCCUGGGAUCCACCAAUUUCUGACGAAUCCUGCAACCCAGUUUCCUGUGGGGAACCUGAAAGUCCAGAACAUGGAUUUGUGGUUGGCACUAAAUACACCUUUGGAAGCACAAUUACGUAUCAGUGUGAACCUGGCUAUGUAUUAGAGGGGAACAGAGAACGCGUGUGUCAGGAACACAAAGUAUGGAGUGGAGGAGCAGCAACCUGCCAAAAGUCCAGGUGUGUAGCCCCACCUGAGUUCCUUAACGGGAAGGCUGACAUGGAAAAUGGAACAGCUGGACUCAGCAUUGUCUACACCUGCCGCAGAGGCUACAGCCUUGAAGGGUCCGCUGAGGCACACUGCACUCAACAUGGAACUUGGAGCCACCCAAUUCCUCAUUGCAAACCAAAUCCAUGCCCUGUCCCUUUUGUGAUUCCUGAGAAUGCUGUGCUUUCUGAGAAGGAGUUUUUUGUUGAUCAGAAUGUGUCUAUCAAGUGCAGGGAAGGUUUCCUGCUCCAUGGCCACGUCAUCAUAACCUGUAACCCCGACGAGACUUGGACACAGACAAGUGCCAAAUGUGAAAAAAUCUCAUGUGGGCCUCCGACUCACAUAGAAAAUGCUAUUGCACGAGGCGUACAUUAUCAAUAUGGCGACAUGAUCACAUAUUCCUGCUUCAGUGGAUACAUGCUUGUGGGCUCCCUAAGGAGCGUUUGCCUGGAAAAUGGAACAUGGACAUCACCCCCUACUUGCAGAGCUGUGUGUCGAUUCCCAUGUCAGAAUGGAGGUGUCUGCCAGCGCCCAAAUGCUUGCUCCUGCCCAGAUGGCUGGAUGGGGCGUCUCUGUGAAGAGCCAAUAUGCAUUCUUCCCUGUCUGAAUGGGGGUCGCUGUGUGGCCCCUUAUCAGUGUGACUGCCCACCUGGCUGGACUGGGUCCCGCUGUCAUACAGCUAUUUGCCAUUCUUCCUGCUUAAAUGGUGGAAAAUGUGUAAGGCCAAACCGAUGCCACUGUCUCUCAGCUUGGACAGGACCCGACUGUUCCAGGAAAAGGAAGAUUGGUUUUUAACCACAACAUCACCAACCAGUUCCCCCGAGUGGAAUCAUCUCUUCCUGGCAGUGCCUGGACCUCCUGGAACUUACUCGAAGAAAGUCCAACAUGGUGCUGGGGCUUAUU